CGUACGCCGCGAUGGUGGAAUACGGAAGGCCACCGCCUUAUGGCGGGGAGUAUUACUACGAGGAAAAGCGAAAAGGAGGAAAUGUUUGCAUUAGAUGCAUCUGUUGUUGUUAUUGCGUCCUAUUUUUACUCAUCAUUAUUCUAGCCUCCAUAGCCUUUUAUUUCUACAUGUACUACAAGCCUAAAAUGCCCAUAUACGAUUUUCAAUCCCUGGAUGUUAAGGAUUUCGGGUAUCAACCUGAUUUCAGCGUGAACGCGGAUCUUAUCAUAACGAUGAAAGCCGAUAAUCCCAACACAGCCAUAGGGUUUAUUUACGGGGAAGCUAGCUCGGUUAACGUGACAUAUAGCGAUUCGACGAUUUGUACUGGGAAAUUACCAGCAUUUCAUCAAGGUCAAAACAAUAUAACUAUAUUCCAAAUUGAAUUAACGGGGAAGAGUACAUUUGGAUCAGGGCUAUAUGAGGCAUUACAAGAUAAUGAGAAAAAUGGGAAAAUUCCAUUAAAGGUAAUGGUUAAGGUACCGGUCCAAAUUGUUUUGGGAGAUUUUAAAUUAAAACAAUUCAAUGUGUUUGCAAAUGUCACAUUAACUGUGCAUGAUUUGAAGCCAGGAAAGAAACCUGAGAUUGAAAAUAGCAAACCAACAUUCGACGUUAAAUUCUGA